AUGAGUGGAUCACCACCAGCAAACCCUUCAACACCCGUACGAAUUACUUCAGGAGCAGCAUUCAGACGUCGCUACCGUCCUUAUUUCACCAAACGUCAAUUAGCAACGCUCUCCAAUCUCAAACGAUCAGCUUCUGGAAUAUCGACCAAGGAGACCACUGUUCGUAUUGCUUCCUGUAAAUUUAUUCAACAAGUAUGCCGAAAGAUUGGAUUUCCUCAGGCCACAACCAGUACAGCUCAAGGUCUCUAUCACCGAUUUUACUUGUACUACUCGAUUCGUGAAUACCCACCACAGGAAAUCAGUAUCACGUGUAUCUUUGUGGCGUGCAAGAUUGAAGAGACAUUCAAGAACCUUCGAGACAUCCUCGUAGCUGCUCACAGUGUGCGACAUCCUCAAAGUGCCGAGUUGGAUCCUGAGCAUGUUUCAGAGGAACGCAAACGCAAGAUUAUGGGAUAUGAGAAAUUGGUCAUGGAAUCCAUUUGUUUCGACUAUCAGCAACCCCAUCCAUACAGCUAUGUUGUCAAAUUCGUAAAGUGGAUCGAAGCUAUGCAAACACCACCCUUGGUUGAUGGCAAAAGAUUGGCACAAGAAGCAUACAAGCUUGCAGUCAAUAGUUACCAGAUUCCAUUAUGCAUUGAAUACCCUGCCCACACGAUUGCUGCCGGUUGCAUCUACUUGGCAUCCAUGUUAAUCAAGAGCACAGACCCCUCGUUUGAAGGAUUGGCAAAAGGACAACCAUGGGAUCAAUUUUUUUGUUCACGUAUGGAAGAUAUUGAAGACGUAUGUUUACAAGUUUUGGAUCUAUACAUCACCAGCAGCACACGACAAGAUCGAGAAAGAUAUACAGAGAUUAAGAUCAAGAUCAAUGAACAAGCAGCGGAACGAGGAAAAGACCCAAACAUGGAUGAAGUGACCAAAGAAGAACUGGGUGCUCGGGAUAUCGAUUGGGAAUUCGAUCAGACAACAACACCGUUAGAGAUAGUCAAUACCAAUCAACAUACUGUAUGCUAUGAAUUUUCUCUGACGGCAUCAUAA